UAUAUAACCUGUAGGUAAAAAGUUUUUUUUGUCACACUUGUUUUGAUUUAGUUUGACAGAAUUGACCGCGAUUUUUAUUUUAUUAUUUUAAUUACUUAAUUUCAUCAUCAAAGUAAUCUGUUGAAUUUUAGUUUUAUACUCAGUUAUAUUUUAUUUUUACCAGUGUAAUAAAAUUGUUUUGAUGUCAGCAUCAGGCGACAGCAAACUUCCAUCUGUUUACGUGUUAGAUGGAGGGUUUUCUUCACAACUCUCCGUCCAUGUAGGAACUACUGCUGACGGAGACCCUCUGUGGAGCGCCCGAUUCUUGCAGACACAUCCUGAUGACGUACUUAGUACGCAUUUGGACUUCUUGCGAGCUGGCUCAGAUAUAAUUAUGACGAAUACUUAUCAAGCUUCUGUUGGCGGAUUCGUUAAACAUUUGGGCGUUACUCCGGAAGAAGGUUUGGGUAUUAUUCGACAGGCGGUGGACCUGGCGAAACGAGCCCGACAGAUAUUUCUAGAAGAAUGUCAGUCACCUCCACAGAUAACACCUCUUAUUGUGGGCUCUGUUGGUCCAUACGGGGCCUAUUUGCACGAUGGAUCGGAAUAUGAUGGCCAUUACGCUGAUAACACGUCUCCGGAAACCAUGCGGGAAUGGCACAUUCCUAGGAUUAAAGCAUUGGUGGAAGCAGGAGUUGAUAUGCUAGCUUUUGAGACAAUACCAUGCCAGGUUGAGGCUGAAAUGUUGGUAGGCUUGCUGAAAGAUUACCCUGAAACAAAAGCUUGGCUAUCAUUCAGUUGUAAAGAUGACAAAAGCCUUGUGCACGGUGAAAACUUUCAAACUGUUUCAAAGAAAUGUUAUAAUUUAAAUCCAAAUCAGAUUGUAGCCGUUGGUGUCAAUUGCUGUUCUCCAGCAAUUGUUACAAACUUGUUGAGAGGUAUCAAUGAUGACAGGAAAGACAAUCCAAUACCUUUUGUCACCUAUCCAAAUUCGGGAGAGAAAUAUAAUCCAGAUUUAGGAUGGGUAGACAAAGACAAGUGUGUAGGGUUGGACACAUUUGUCCAUGAUUGGUUGGACUUGGGAGUCAGAUAUGUGGGAGGGUGUUGUAGGACAUAUGCUGAGGACAUAACUAGUAUUAAGAAGGAAAAAGUAUUUGGUAUAUCAGUUCGCAAGAAACAAAGAGAUGAUAGAAUCAAAACAUUGGUUAGUGAAAAUGAUGACUUGAGGGAGAAAAACUUAAAACUGACUUUUGAAAUAUCCAAAUUGAAAAAAGACAUGGGGAAGUUGAAAGACGAGAAGUUCUCAGACUACCUCUGUCUAAUGCGUGAGCGAGACGCACGCUACACGCUCUACUUCGAGAACCUCGGGCUGCAAAUGAAGCUCAAAGAGCUGAACGGCAGCUCGUGCCCCGUGGACCAGGUCCACGGAGACCCCGUCGUGCUGAGGAUCGCGCUUGACCGAUGCAGGGAACAACUAUCAACAACGCACAGCGAGCUGAAAAAGAUGACAGAAGAGUACGCAGACACAGUGCCGCAGAGGGAGUACGACAUUCUGAGCGCAAAGAACGAUGACCACGUCAAGCAGCUACAGCGGCUGCAAAAGGAAAUGCAAGCGCUGCAGGACCAAUUGAAGCGUGUUUCGUCGCUGAAGAAGAACUUGGAAGAGGAACUGCAGGAGAGCCGUGAGCGCUGCAGCGAGUUGGAGCGAGCCGGCACCCCGCGGCCGCAGUGGGAUCUCUGUGCGGACUUCAUCGGUGGAGGCCGGGAUAGAUGGCGUCAAUUGGCCAGAGGCUUGACGUCAAGAGAUAUCCUCAGAGUGCUGCUGAAGGAACUCGGCCCGGCCGCGGAGAGCGAACAGCUUGAGCACUUCGAUGGUCUUGGCAUAGAUCCCAUGAUCCCGCCAUACCUCCGCUACGAAGGCAAGGUACGUAAUCUUCGCCUUUCACGGCGGGAGGUCAACGUGAUUAUCAACGAUAUCUGGCUUGGCAAGCUGGAGCACCCGGCCCUGUCCAUGCAAGAAUACGUUACCAAAUACUUCGAGGACAGAUACCAACAACCCAGCGUGCGGGCUGAAUGGGCGUACAACCUGUGCGCUGGGGCCGAACAGAUGCUGGACGAGCCGCAUGUGAAGCUGUUCUGGGGCGUACUCCACGGACACCUCAGCGAGGACAUCUACUGGGGGCACCGCGCGCAAUGGCUGCGGCUGAAGGAGUUGUUGUAUAAGCACAGCAAAGAUGGAGAGACAAUCACAGCCGAGGAGUUUGAGAAGCAGGCAAAGGCGGCAUUUCCUCUGAAAAGCGAGGUGGACAUCAAGAACCUGAUGGACGUGAUGAGGAAGCAGCUCAAGCUAAAGAUGAACAGCAAUGAAGUCAAUUUGGACAAGCUGUUCCAAGAGAACUCUGAAGGCUUCGACCUGGUGGAGCUGGCUCGAGAGCUGUACAGACAGAGGCAGCUGGCGCAGGAUAAGUACAUCCGCGAGGUGGCGGGCCAGCUCGGGGGCCGGCAAGCCAACAGCGUCUCUGUUGAGAACCUCAAGAGAGCCUUUGCUAUCGUCGACCCUGCGAUUGAUCACAUUCGCAUGGAGCGCUACAUUCGCUGGUCGUUUUCCGAGACGACAGCUCCACUCAGCAGCGUGACCCCGCUUCCGCUGCGCACCAUUGUUGCCAGGCUGGCCGCGGGGGACAUCGAGCGAGUGGGCCCCAGAUACCGCUCGCAUCGGAAAGUUUACAAAUAAAACAACAAAAACCCUUGUUCGUAUUUUAAAUUUUUUUUAUGUAUAAAAGCUAUUAAGUUGAUUAUAACUAAAUAAUAUUAAAAUAAAAAAAUAUUUGAUACAACCACAGAUUUAAGAAUGUUCUUAUAUCUGUGGAUACAA